AUGGACACAGUCACGGAAGUACGAACAGAUGGUAACUCUCUGUUGAAAGCUGUCUACCUGAGUAGACUGCGCCUCACGAGAUUACUGCUCGAAGGCGGGGCUUACAUCAAUGAAAGCAAUGAACAUGGCGAAACCCCUCUAAUGAUUGCUUGCAAGACAAAACAUGUGGACCAACAAAGCAUCAGCAAAGUGAAAAUGGUGAAAUAUCUUUUGGAAAACCAGGCAGAUCCUAAUAUUCAGGACAAAUCAGGAAAGACUGCUUUAAUGCACGCAUGCAUAGAGCAGGCUGGUGCAGAGGUCAUAGCAUUGCUACUCGAAAGUGGAGCUGACCCAAGUUUGGAAGAUCAUUCAGGUGGUUCUGCUUUGGUUUAUUCAGUAAAUUCUGAAGACAAGGAAGCCCUCAAGGUACUGCUGGAUGCCUGUAAAGCAAAAGGAAAAGAAGUAAUUAUCAUCACAAUGGACAAGUCAUCCUCAGGCAGGCAGAUGACUAAGCAGUAUCUAAAUGUACCCCCUUCUCCGGACAUUGAAGAUCGACAUUCACCAAUCCCUUGCACCUCACCCUCCGAUAUUGAGCUGAAAACAUCACCACCUCCCCUAACAAACAAUAUAGUGAAAGAUAAGCAGGUUUUUAACUUUAGAGAUCCAGUUCACCUCUUCAGUGACAAAGAUUCCUCUGAUUUAGCUUCUCCAAAUAGGAAGUCUAGCCAGCCACGACAUGAUGACAAGUUUCCCCAGUUGCAAAGGUUGAACUCUGAACCCUGGUUGACUAUGCCUCCUUCACUCUCAUCUCAGCACAAAACAUCUUCAUUUCAUGAAGAAGUUCAAAACCUGACCACAGAAGAAAACCUCUCCCUGAAAAUCAAUGGCUUAACUCUACCCAAGCGAUUCUUUACCAGGCAUCAGAGUAUUGAUGUCAAAGAGACUGCAGCCCUGUUAAGAACCUUAGAUCAAGCAUCAGCUUUAACUGCUCCAAGGAAAUUUUCCUGUGAUGAAAUACACUCUCAACCUCUUCAACCAGGCCUGAGUUGUAAUAACACAAUUCCUGUGGACCAGGAUCCAGAUUCAAUACAAACAAUUUCUGUUUCAAGUUUACAGAGUAUUGUCCAGAAAAGAAACUUGGGUCUUGAUCACUAUAAUUCUGACUCACAACUCACAAUCUGUUCCAAGCAAACAGUCACAGAUGAAAGCAAAAUAUUGCCAGAGCGGAAGAAAAUAGUGUCUUCUCCAUUAUCAGUGCUAACCAGUUCAAGAGAGUCUCUGGACAAUUUGCCAACUGGCUCUCUGAGCACUGCUGGCAAGAAACAUGCUGAGUUUCUAGAGAGGCGAGGUUCAGGGACCCUGCCCUUAAACCAGAUUUCACAAACAAGACCAGGCUACCUCCCACCUUUAAACGUAAAUCCCCAUCGACCAGUUCCUGAUAUGGCACCCAACAACCAAGAAACUGCAUCAUUUUCCAAUGCCACAAAGCCUCUAAUACCGUUGGCUCCAAACACUCAAAAACGAACAGAUGUCAAAACUAAAAAGAUGUUGUUCAGGAGACAUUCCGUCCAAGUAGAGCAAAUGAAACAGCUGGCAAAUUUUGAGGAUAUUUUUGGACAGUGA